ACGUCACAGGGGUCAUUGAGAGAGCAGCAGCGGGUGCUAGGACACCCCCGGGGGCUGGAAACGCAGAGCAGGGGUCCUCUAUCUCCGUGGAAUGGGCGACUGGAAGACAUACAUCAGCUCUGUACUGCGCGACCAACGCAUAGAUGACGUGGCGGUGGUGGGGCAUUCGGACAACCGCUGCGUGUGGGCCUCGAGGCCGGGAGGCCUGCUGGCUGCCAUCUCCCCGCAGGAGGUGGGCAUACUGACAGGCUCUGACCGUCGCAGCUUCCUGCAGUCUGGGAUCAGCCUGGCAGGUCGACGCUGCUGCGUCAUCCGCGACCACCUGCUAGAAGACGGCGAUGGUGUUCUGGACGCCCGGACCAAGGGACUGGACGGUCGCUCUGUGUGCGUAGGUCUCACGCCCAAAGCCCUGAUCGUGCUCAUGGGCCGACGGGGCGUGCACGGGGGCACACUCAACAAAACUACUCACCAUCUUAUCAGGGGCCUGCGGUUCCAGGGUAUCUAGGAUGCUGGGGGCCAGCAUCGAGUGGCGGGGAAUAAAUAUGCACAUAAUGGAGCCUAAGCCCUGUUCUGGGAAGUGGGACAAGAGGAGGGUGGGUUUUGGGUGAGGGAUUGUCCAGGGUCUCGCUCCCUGAGCUCAGAGGGGAUGACCCUCCGCACUUAGAGCGUUGCCUGGAGCAGGUGCCUAUUUAGAAUGAUGGUGCUGGAGGUCAGGGACGCUCAUCCAUUUGACCCAGGGAUUAGAGCCAUGGAAGUUCUGGGCAAUCCCACAGCCAAGGCAGGAUUCUGAUCAAGCCUCUCACGCACAAUUAGAUUCAUAGCUGCCUCUAGAACAAAUAAAUGCUAGUGAUCCCAGGAUCAA